AUGGUCUCAUCGUCCAUUCUUUUCCUCUCCUUCGCGGCAGGGGCUCUGGCCCUUAUAGUCCCGCGGAGCCAAGAUGGACUAAGCGUCUCCCUAGACCCGGCGGGAUCUCUUUUCUCGCGACAGUCAGCCGACCUGCGAUGUGGCAGCCAAAGUCCAGGGGGCUCGACCAGAUGUCCCCUAAACGUCUGCUGCUCAGUGGCUGGCUAUUGCGGUACAUCUGAUGCGUACUGCCUCCCGUCAAACGGGUGCCAGGCCGGCUUUGGAACAUGCCAGGUCCGCACGGCCCCGACGUGCUCGGCUGGCGCCAAAUCCUCCAACGGCCGCUCCAUCGGCUACUACCAAGCCGUUGCCGCCCGCCGCCCGUGCGAUCGCGUUCUGCCGUUGCAGAUCAACACGGCCGGCUACACCCAUCUGUACUUCUCCUUUGUCCUUAUUGACCGGACGAGCUUUGCCAUCACACCGGCCGACGCCGCCGACCAGGCGCUCUACUCUCAGUUCACCGCCCUCAAGUCCAAGGGCGUGCAGACGUGGGUUGCCAUCGGCGGAGGCGAGUUCAACACGCUCGACCCUAACGAUCCGGAGAGGUACAAGAUAUGGAGUCGCAUGGCUGCCAGCGCAACUUCCCGUGCCCAGUUUAUCCGCUCGCUCGUGAGCUUUAUGGCGCAGUACGGGUUCCAGGGCGCGGACCUCGACUGGGAAUGGCCGACUGAUCCGAACAGGGGCGGCUCCCCUGUCGACACGGCUAACUAUGUCAGCCUUGUCCGUGAGCUGCGUGUUGCGUUUGGCACACAGUAUGGCCUGAGUAUGGCGAUCCCGGCGGACUGGGGCUCCAUGCUUUAUUUUGACAUGCAAGCGAUGCAUCCGUAUCUUGAUACCAUCGGCUUGAUGUCUUAUGAUCUCCGAUCAUUUGAAUACUCCACAGAUGGCCUGAUUCGCGCCCAGACAGAUAUUCGCGACAUCACCGAAUUCAUCAAGCCGCUUUGGUAUUCCUCCGUGCCCGCCGCCAAGAUCAACCUCGGCCUGGCCUCGUACGGCCGCGGCUACACGCUCAGAAGCUCCUCGUGCGCCUCACUCGACGCCAACUGCGGCUUCACCGGCCCGAGCGCCGGCGGGGACUGCCAGCGCAGCCCCGGGGUCCUGUCUCUCAACGAGAUCAACCGCAUCGCUGCGGCUCGCGGCCUGACCCCUCGGUACGACAGCAAAGCCAUGGUCAAACAGCUGAGCUGGGACAAUCAGUGGGUCGGUUACGACGACGCGCAAACCUGGGCCGCCAAGAAGACCUGGGCCGACAGUGUGUGCAUCGGGGGAACAAUGGUGUGGGCCACUGACUUCACCACGAUCCCGGGACCUCUCGGUGGCGCUGGCAACCCGGUGACGACGGACGGCAGGUGUGGCAGUGCCUUUGGCAAUGCUAUUUGUGGAAACUGGCCGGACGGCAACUGCUGCUCAGUUGCCGGGUGGUGUGGUAGCUCGUCCGCCCACUGUGGAAACGGUUGCCAGUCUGGAAACUGUAACUCGACUGGCGGAGGAAACGUGACCACAGACGGAAGAUGUGGCAAGGACUUUGGAAACACCGUGUGCGGUAGUUGGCCUGACGGCGGGUGCUGCUCAAGCGCAGGAUGGUGUGGCAGUUCAACAGCUCAUUGUGGCACUGGCUGUCAAUCCGGCUGCUCGUAG